AUGGCAUCGAAGUUUGGGUUGGCGGGUGGGAUACCGGAGCGGCGUGUCCGACCGAUUUGGGACGCCAUUGAUUCUCGACAGUUCAAGAAUGCUCUCAAGCACUCGGCUUCAUUGCUCGCUAAACACCCCAAUUCUCCAUACGCUCUUGGACUAAAAGCUCUUAUUUUGGAAAGGAUGGGUAAAUCUGAUGAAGCAUUAUCUAUUUGCAUAAAUGCAAAGGAACUUCUAUAUAAGAAUGACUCCUUGCUCAUGGAUGAUCUUACUCUGAGCACACUGCAGAUAGUAUUCCAACGUCUUGAUCAUUUGGAAUUGGCAACAAGCUGCUAUGAGCAUGCUUGUGGAAAACAUCCAAACAAUUUGGAGCUAAUGAUGGGGCUUUUCAAUUGUUAUGUUCGCGAGUAUUCUUUUGUGAAGCAGCAACAGACAGCUAUCAGAAUGUACAAGCUUGUUGGUGAAGAAAGGUUCCUGCUCUGGGCAGUGUGUAGCAUCCAAUUACAGGUUCUUUGUGCCAACGGAGAAGACAAGCUGUUACUCUUAGCUGAAGGCUUACUUAAGAAGCAUGUUGCCGCCCAUAGCUUGCAUGAGCCUGAAGCUCUUAUUGUCUACAUUUCCAUAUUGGAGCAGCAGGCUAAGUAUGGGGAUGCUUUAGAAAUUCUCUCUGGCAAAUUAGGUUCACUUUUAAUGAUGGAAGUUGAUAGGUUACGCAUAGAGGGGAGGCUUCUUGCUCGGGCGGGUGACUAUUCUGCUGCGGUUGUCGUAUACCAGAAACUCCUAAAACUUUGCCCUGAUGAUUGGGAGGGUUUCCUACAUUAUUUAAGCUGUGUGUUGGAGGAUGAUAGCAUCUGGUGCGUUGUAGCUGACAAUAAUCCUAUUCAGCGCUCAAAAUUUUUGGACUGCAGAGUCUCUCAUUUGUCGGAUGAAGUGUUUGAUUGUCGAACAUCAGAUGCAUCUGCUUUUGUACAAAAAUUACAAGAAGACAACCGUGAUAGUCUUAUUAGGGGCCCGUACUUGGCAGGUCUUGAAAUCAAAAGGAGGAAGCACUUGUAUGGAAAGGUCAAUGAUGAUGAGAUGAUUGAGGCCCUUAUGCAGUACUUUUCUAUAUUUGGUCACUUAGCCUGCUUCACUUCUGAUGUUGAGGUGUUUCUUCAAGUUUUAGCUCCAAACAAAAGGACGAAGUUCAAUGAGAGGUUGGUGAAAUGCUAUAGUUCCCUUCCAGUGGAUGUCACAAAAAUGCUUGGGCAGUCAAUAACACUAUUUAAAGUGCAAGAUGUGAUGGGCAAUAUGUAUACUACGCUCCCUGUGAGUGAACUUGAAGACACUGCUGUACGGAUGGUGAAGUUGUUUUUUGAAAGCCUUCCACUUUUUAAGGACUUGGAUCCACAAGAAAGUAUGCAGGGCGAGGAGCUGCUUUCUUUGACAUGUAAUGUACUAGUUCAGUUAUUCUGGCGUACAAGGCAUCUUGGCUACUUGGUAGAGGCAAUUAUGGUAUUGGAGUUUGGCUUGACUAUCCGAAGAUAUGUGUGGCAAUACAAGAUUUUAUUGGUGCACUUGUAUUCAUUUUUGGGUGCCCUUUCAUUAGCAUAUGAAUGGUAUAAAUUGCUGGAUGUUAAGAAUAUCUUGAUGGAGACUGUUUCACAUCAUAUGUUACCGCAGAUGCUGAAAUCCCCGCUUUGGGUUGAAUUAAAUAAUCUGCUUAAAGAUUAUCUCAGAUUUAUGGAUGAUUAUUUCAGAGAAUCUGCAGAUCUUACAUUUCUCGCAUAUCGACACAGAAAUUACUCUAAAGUCAUUGAAUUUGUUCAAUUUAAAGAGCACUUGCAACGUUCUAAUCAGUAUUUAGUGGCAAGGAUUGAAGCAGCCAUUCUACAGCUAAAGCAAAAUGCAGAUAACUUGGAAGAAGAAGAGCUUGUCCUUGAAAGCUUGAAUUGUGGGAUUCAAUUUGCUGAGCUGUCUAAUGAGAUCAGACCCAAAUCUUUGACCUUCAAUGAAGAUUUGCAAUCGCGACCGUGGUGGACGCCGAUAUCUGGGAAAAAUUAUCUUUUGGGUCCUUUUGAAGGAAUCUCCUAUUGUCCCAAAGAAAAUUUGACAAAAGAAAACGAAGCAAGUGUACGAAGAGCUAUUGAGAGGAGAGCGCUUCUUCCUCGGAUGGUCCAUCUGUCCAUCCAAAGUGCAUCGGCACUGCUCAAGGAUAAUAUGGAAGUUAAUGGUUCUGUAUCUGAUCCCCAAAUCUACUCAGAGUUGAAAUUUUUGCUUGAACGAUAUGCAAAGUUGUUGGGAUGUUCUCUGAGUGAUGCAAUAGAAGUGGUCAUGGGGGGUCUUAACAGCCAAAAAUCUUCUGAGGUAUUUCAUUCAGAUAUGGUUGAUUGGAUGAACUUUGCUGUGUUUUUGAAUGCAUGGAAGUUGUGCUCCAAUGAACGUAAGCAACUAGAUAGAGAUGGAUGUGCACCUGGUAUUUGGCGCACUGUGAAUUCUUUGUUGGAGAAGUAUAUUUCAGAGGUGGUCAAAUCCAUGGAGCCUCUUAUUCACCCAUCACGUGGAGAUCUUUCUUUUCUAGUACAAGUGAUUUCAGAACCAUUGGCUUGGCACAUUCUUGUAAUUCAAUCCUAUGUUCGCUCAUCCCUUCCAUCUGGCAAGAAGAAGAAGAAGGGUGGAUCUACUGAUCAUUCUACAUCUCCUCUCGCAAUUGUAACCCGGGAUACAAUUCAACUUUUGUGUGCAAUUCUAGAGGAGGUUACGAGAUGGUUAGGAGAACAAAUCAAGGGACCAGAGGAUGAAAAUUUGGAAAUAAUACUCUCCUCUGUUAGGAAAGAAAGCCAGGUUGAAGGGCCGGGCCAGGUUUUUCAGAUUUUAGGAACUUUGAUUUCUUCCACAAGUGAGAUGGAAGUUGGUGUUAGGAUAUGCGAAGCACUGAAGUCGUGGAAUCCUGUUGAUGUUGCAAGGAAGAUGGCUACUGGACAGAGUUUAGUGUUAUCAGAGUUUCUCUAUAUUUGUGAGAGCAGGAUGAAGUCAUUGCAGCUAUUGAAACACCAGAUAGCUCAAGUCUGAUGCAAGAUUUGUGUUGCUUGAUGCUUGAGGUUUUCAUAUAUUUUGGCUUGAUUUUCAGGAGUUUCAUCCAGCCAAUAAUCUUAGUUUUUUAAGUCUAGAUGUUAGGGAAAUAGCAAAAUUGACGCUUUAUUAUUGCGCUUGUUUUGCCUUCAUACAUCCCGACCAGAUGUGCUAAACGUAAGCUGCUGCUUUUCUUGCGGCAUUGCAAAAUUUUUCUUCUGUAAGAUUUCCUCGUGCACACUAGAAACAAAUAAGUUUUUGUUUGAUGUUUUGUAACUAUAUUUAUAUUAACUGUUAUUUUUUUUUAGCAGUGUAGCAUUAUUCUUAUUGGGCCUUUGCAA